UCUGCGGAGGAGCGAGUCAAGCGAGGGGAGGGGAGAUCUCAACGGCAGGCACGGCAAGUUUUUUUUUUUUUUGUUUUGUUUAGUUUCUUUUGAAGACAUCAUCAGCAGAAAUCUGCGCGGCCGAACCGCCGGAAGGGCUUGGGGGGGGUCGAAGGAGCCGCAUGGAUUCAACGCUGCUGCAGCCGGUUGAGCAUUUUGGCUUGAAAAGAGGAGCGGCGCCAGAAGACUCCCGGAGAGGGGCGCUCUGAGGGGGCGCAGGCGGUGACGCGACCCGAGCGGCCCAUGGCUCCCCGGAAGCGCAACGGCGGCGGCGGCGGCGGCGGCCUCUCGUCCUUCUUGUGCUGUUUCAACGGCAGCGAGCAGCCGGAGAUCACCUACAGGCUGCGGGAGGACUUUGGCCCCCAGGCCAUGGAGCCGGCGCUGCCCAUGCCGGCCUACGACGAGCUGGACGGGAUCUUCUCCGAGUUGGUGGACGAGCUGGACCUGACCGAGAAGCACAGGGAAGCCAUGUUCGCCCUGCCCGCCGACAAAAAGUGGCAGAUCUACUGCAGCAAAAAGAAGGAACAAGAGGCGGACAAGGGCGCCACCAGUUGGCCCGAGUACUACAUCGAUCGGCUCAAUUCAAUGGCGGCCCGCAAGACGCUUGCGGCCCUGGAGGAGGAGGACGAGCAGGAGAGGAACAAAAGCAUCGAGAGCUUGAAGACCGCCCUCAGGACUCAGCCCAUGAGGUUCGUGACGCGCUUCAUCGACCUGGACGGCCUGACGUGCAUCCUCAACUUCCUGAAGAGCAUGGACUACGAGACGGCCGAGUCGCAGGUGCACACCUCGCUGAUCGGCUGCAUCAAGGCGCUGAUGAACAACUCGCGGGGGCGCGCCCACGUGCUGGCGCACGGCCAGAGCAUCCAGGUCAUCGCCCAGAGCCUGGCCGCCGACAACGUGCGCGCCAAGGUGGCGGCGCUGGAGAUCCUGGGCGCCGUCUGCCUGGUGCCCGGCGGCCACCGCAAGAUCCUGGAGGCCAUGCUGCACUACCAGCGCUUCGCCCGCGAGAGGACCCGCUUUCAGACGCUGCUCAACGAUCUGGACCGCGGCACGGGCCGCUACCGGGACGAGGUCAACCUGAAAACGGCCAUCAUGUCCUUUGUCAACGCCGUGCUGAGUCAAGGCGCCGGAGAGACCAGUCUGGAGUUCCGCAUCCACCUGCGCUAUGAGUUUCUCAUGCUGGGCAUCCAGCCGGUGAUCGACAAGCUGCGCUCUCACGAGAACUCCACGUUGGACAGGCAUUUGGACUACUUUGAGAUCCUGCGCAACGACGACGAGCUGGCUCUGGCCAAGCGCUUCGAGGCGGUCCACGUCGACACCAAAAGCGCCAGCCAAGCCUUCGAGCUCCUGCGCAAGAAGAUGAGCCACAGCGACGCGUACCCGCACCUGAUGUCCGUCCUCCAUCACUGCCUCCUCAUGCCACACAAGCGCAGCGGCAACGCGGUGCAGCACUGGCUGCUCCUGGAUCGCAUCGUCCAGCAGAUGGUGCUGCAGAACGACAAGGGCCAGGAUCCCGACGUGGCGCCGCUGGAGAAUUUCAACGUGAAAAACCUGGUGCGCAUGUUGGUCAACGAGAACGAGGUGAAGCAGUGGAAGGAGCAGGCGGAAAAGAUGCGAAAAGAGCGCCACGAGCUGCAGCAGAAAUUGGAGAAGAAGGAGCGCGAGUGCGACGCCAAGACGCAGGAGAAGGAGGACAUGAUGGAGACGCUCAACAAGAUGAAGGAGAAGCUGGAGAAGGAGAGCGGCGAGCAUAAGAACGCCAAGCAGCAAGUGGCCGAGCUUAGCGCGCGCCUGCGCCAGCUCAGCAGCAGUCGAGCCGGCCCGGUUCCCGGCGGCUGCGCCUCCGCCCCUGGCGGGCCCGCGCCUCCCGCCCAGCCUGCGCCGUGCUCUUGGGGCCCGCCCCCGGGCGGCGCGCCGCCGCCCCCGCCGCCUCCUCCGCCCCCGCCCGGCGGGCCCCCGCCCCCUCCGCCCGUGGGAGGCGUCCCCCCGCCGCCCGGCGCCCCGCUCGGGCCCCCGCCGCAGAGGAAGAAGAACAUCCCGCAGCCGUGCAACCCGCUGAAAUCCUUCAACUGGGCCAAGCUGGCCGAGAAUAAAGUGGAGGGCACCGUUUGGACGGAGGUCGACGAUGGCCGGGUUUUCCAAAUUCUGGACCUGGAGGACAUUGAAAAGACCUUUUCCGCCUACCAGCGACAGCAGGACUCGUUUACGAUCGCCGGCGGCAAACAGAAGGAGGCCGAGGACGACGCGCCGGGCUCCAAAAAGCCCAAGGAGCUGUCGGUGAUCGACGGCCGGCGAGCGCAAAACUGCAACAUCCUCCUCUCCAGGCUGAAGCUGUCCAACGAGGAGAUGAAGAGGGCCAUCCUCGGCAUGGACGAGCAGGAGGACCUUCCCAGAGACAUGCUGGAGCAGUUGCUGAAAUUUGUCCCGGAGAAGAGCGACGUGGACCUCCUGGAGGAGCACCGGCACGAGCUGGAGCGCAUGGCCAAACCCGAGCGCUUCCUCUACGAGAUGAGCAGAAUAAACCACUACCAGCAGAGAUUGCAGUCUUUGCACUUCAAGAAGAAGUUUGCCGAGAGGAUCGCCGAGAUCAAGCCCAAAGUGGCAGCUCUCGCCGAGGCGUCCAAAGAGGUGGUGCGCAGCCGCAAGCUGAGGCAGCUCCUGGAGGUGGUGCUGGCCUUCGGCAACUACAUGAACAAGGGCCAGCGGGGCAACGCUUACGGCUUCAAGGUGUCCUCGCUCAACAAGAUCGCCGACACCAAGUCCAGCGUCGACAAGAACGUCAACCUUCUGCACUACCUGAUCGCCAUCCUGGAGAAGAAAUACCCCCAAGUGCUGGAGUUUGACGCCGACCUGCCCAGUGUGCCCGAGGCGGCCAAAGUCAACCUGACCGAGCUGGAGAAAGACGUCGGCAACCUGCGCAACGGCUUGAAGAGCGUGGAGAGCGAGCUGGCCUACCAGAAGACGCGAGCGCAGGAGCCCGGCGACAAGUUUGUGUCGGCGGUGAGCCAGUUCAUCACCGUGGCCGGCUUCGGCUUCUCCGACGUGGAGGACUCGAUGGCGGAGGCCAAAGACUCGUUUGUCAAGGCCGUGAAGCACUUUGGCGAGGAUGCCGGCAAGACGCAGCCCGACGACUUCUUCGGUAUCUUCGACCAGUUCUUGCAGUCCUUCGGCGAGGCGCGGCAGGAGAACGAGAACAUGCGGCGGCGCAAAGAGGAAGAGGAGCGCAGAGCUAAAAUGGAAGCUCAGCUCAAAGAGCAGCGAGAGAAGGAGCGCAAGGCGCGCAAGGCCAAGGCCAACGGCGAGGACGACGGCGGCGGCGGCGAGUUUGACGACCUGGUGUCGGCGCUGCGCUCGGGCGAGGUCUUCGACAAGGACCUGUCCAAGAUGAAGCGCAACCGCAAGCGCGUCAACAGCCAGAACUCGGAGGGCGGCCGCGAACGACCCGUCACCAAGCUCAACUUCUAGCAUCUUUGCAUCCCCCCCCCCCCCCCCCCCCCACCGGAAGACGCCGUUGGACAGGAUCUGCUGAGUUCUUUUUUUUUUUUUGUCUGCUUGCAAACAAGACAAGCACUCCCCUCAAAGACGACACAAGUGACUGAUGGAGGGAGACACUGGAGCUGGACUUUUUCCCGCAUCGGAGCUUUAACCCCAUUCUUGUUUUCAAAUAGUUUGACGCGUUUGCGGCAUUUCUCAGGGUUGAGAAUGACAAAUAAGAAAGUCGUCGGAUGGGAAAGCCGGGUGCGAACGGCCAAACGUAUGGGGGGGCGGUUGGGCGUCGUCCUAACGCCAAGCCCCCUGGAAAUUUCUCAACAGCUUUGCGCUUCUGUCGAGAGCCAUCAUUUGAGUGCAAAUGCGCCGUUUAAGAGUCGGCCUAAACUGGGGGGGGGGGGGGGGGGGUGUUACGUCAAGUCGGUACUUUUCCAGGCCUGGGCCUAAAAUGGCCAAUUUCAAGUGUGGCCACUUGUGUAUUCAAAUAAAAAAGAAAAA